UCGCGAGUUAUGAAAAUGUCUUCCUCUGAAGAACUCUCUUCGUCCUCUCCUUCAUUGCCUGCUGAUACCUCUCCUCAAAAGAUUCAGCUGGUGUCUAAGUCUGUAUCGGAUCGACUUCUCAAUAAAUUCUUUGAUGCAAGCGAAUUUAAUUUUGAUUAUGAGCAAAGUGGAUUGUGGUCUCCUCCCAUUAGAAGAAGUGCUUUCUUGAGCUCCCCAGAUCGGAUUUUCACCGAAGAAGAAAUGCUCCAAAAACUUAGAAACAUUAUGGAUGAACGUCGACGACGAAGUAGAAGACAAAAAGGUUUCUGCAAUGCAGCGUGUUGCUUCUGAUGGGAUACAGGAAAUUUCGUAGAAUAUUAUAAUUAUCUCUGCUGCAAUACAAAGAGAGAAGACGAAGAACUUGCAACUUUUUUUUUUUUUCCUACUUUACGAUAUGAAAAUUGUGAAUGUUUUUG